UCAAAAGGGCAAUUCUUCGAACUGGUUUUGCUAGGGUUUGCUGAGAUAGAAUUCUCUCAAUUUGAAUCAAUCAACAUGUACGGAUCAAGAGGGGCAAUGUUGGGAGGCGGGGGGUUAUCGGACGUGUACGAGGUCGGCUCAAAGAGACCAAGAAUGAUGGAAACAAAUCCCUACUUUGCAGUUGGCAGCAGUGCAAGGGGUUUUCAACCUUUUGGCGGGUAUGGUGCUGGCUACCAGCUUCAUGCUUUUCCGGUGGUAAAACUUAGGGGGCUUCCUUUCAACUGUGCGGACAUUGACAUCUUUAAGUUCUUUGCUGGACUGGAUAUUGUGGAUGUGUUGCUAGUCAACAAGGGAGGACGCUUCUCAGGGGAGGCCUUUGUUGUCUUUGCUGGACCCCUGCAGGUUGAGUUAGCACUUCAAAGAGACCGGCAGAACAUGGGGCGUAGGUAUGUUGAAGUUUUCACAUGCAAGAGGCAGGAUUACUACAAUGCUGUUGCAGCAGAGGUCAGCUCUGAAGGGAAUUAUGACAAUGAGUAUCAAGGAAGUCCUCCUCCAACUAAAUCAGUAAAGCGGUUCAGUGAUAAGGAGAAAAUGGAUUACACUGAGAUAUUGAAGUUGCGUGGUCUACCUUUUUCUGUGAAAAGAUCUCAAAUUAUUGAUUUUUUUGGAGGCUUCAAGGUCGUUGAAGAUAGAGUACAUAUCGCUUGCCGUCCAGAUGGAAAAGCUACAGGAGAGGCAUACGUGGAGUUCGUUUCUGCUGAAGAGGCUAAAAGGGCGAUGUCCAAGGACAAGAUGAUGAUCGGGUCCAGGUAUGUGGAGCUGUUUCCAUCAACACCAGAUGAAGCUAGGCGGGCAGAAAACAGAUCAAGGCAGUGAUAAGGAACUAUGGCUAUGGUUUCAAAUGUUUUGAUCUAUUUGUGAUAUUUCUACUGUAGUGCUGGAACAUCUCUCAAUUUAGGUUGUAUACAAACAAUAAUUUGUGUAAUCUUUCAAAUGGUUGAUCUGAAGUUUUCAUUCUACUUCAUU